AUGUUGCACCUGCUGCUGCUGAGCGGCUUGCUGGUGGGGGUGCUGCCAUGCGGCAUCUGUGCCCCCCGGGAGACCCGCCUUGGGGAGGAACAACCGCUUGAAUCUGUUGUCAGCCUCAACGAAAGUUGCAGGGAACAGGUGCUCCAGCAUGUGGCUUCAGCUGUGCUUCCUUUGCUCCGGCUGGAACGGCCCCCCAGAAUUGCAGCUGACACCAUGCCCCAGCUGCGCGACGCCUGGACAAAGGAAUCCAUUCCGUUCCCGGCACUGUCCGUUGUGGGACAACAUCACAAUAUCUCUUCCAAUCAGACGCUGUUGAUCCGAAGAGGAGGCUGCGCUCAGAUCUCCCACCGCAUAACGCUGGAUGACCUAGGUUGGCAGAGCUGGGUGCUGCACCCUGAUUCCUUCGUCUUCACCCAAUGCCUGGGGUGUCACUGCCACCAGAAGGAAGCGAGACCCCCGCUGCCCCUUUGGGUUCAAGACUGUGGACUCGGCCAGCCAAACCCUUGGCUGGACAUGGACGAAAAGAAGAGACGUUGCUGUCGGCCGCGCCGGAAUACGCUGCCCUUUGCUUUCCUGAAAGCGGAUGGUUCUUUGGUAGUUCAGCCGGUCCGCUUGGUGCAAGAUUGCUUCUGCCGAGCCUGA